AUGAGCGCGAUGCUGCGGGGAGCUCUGCGGCGGCUGCGGCCCCCCGGCCGCGGCGGUCGGCCCGACCCCCUCGCCGCGGCUGCCCUGCGGCCCCUCGGCGGCGGUGCAGGCGCGCAGGGGCGGAAAGAAACCCCAUCUCCUUCCUUGGGGAAAGAUAGAGCAGAUACAGUGAUCAUCGGAGGUGGCUGCGUUGGUGUGAGUCUAGCCUAUCACUUGGCUAAGGCUGGCUUGAAGGAUGUUGUUCUGCUGGAAAAAUCUGAGCUCACUGCAGGAUCUACUUGGCAUGCAGCUGGUUUAACUACUUACUUUCAUCCUGGGAUAAACCUGAAGAAAAUCCAUUCUUACAGCAUCAAACUCUAUGAAAAGCUGGAAGAAGAGACUGGACAGGCCGUGGGGUUUCAUCAGCCCGGCAGCAUCAGAAUUGCUUCAACGCCCACUAGGGUGGAUGAAUUCAAAUACCAGAUGACUCGUGCUGGUUGGCACCCUACAGAGCAGUACCUAAUCACACCUGAGAAAGUACAAGAGCUCUUUCCCUUGUUGAACAUGGAUAUGGUUUUAGCUGGCCUGUAUAACCCUGGAGAUGGUCAUAUUGAUCCCUAUUCUCUCACUAUGGCCUUGGCUGCAGGAGCCAGAAAAUACGGUGCCCAAUUAAACUACCCCGUCCAAGUGACUAAUCUGAACUCCCAAUCAGACGGGACAUGGGAAGUUGAAACUCCACUUGGAAUAAUUAGAGCCAAGAGAAUUGUGAAUACUGCAGGCUUCUGGGCCCGUGAAAUAGGCAAGAUGAUUGGCCUGCAGCACCCUCUUAUACCUGUUCAUCAUCAGUAUGUUGUGACGUCAACGAUCCCUGAAGUGAAAGCCCUAAAAACAGAAUUGCCUGUGAUUCGUGACUUAGAAGGAUCAUAUUAUCUAAGGCAAGAAAGGGAUGGUCUUUUAUUUGGUCCAUAUGAAAGUGAGGAGAAGAUGAAGCUGCAGGACUCCUGGGUAACAAAUGGAGUCCCACCAGGUUUUGGAAAAGAACUUUUUGAGUCUGAUUUAGACAGAAUAAUGGAGCAUGUUGAGGCUGCUAUGGAAAUGGUCCCAGUUCUGAAAAAUGCAGACAUCGUAAACACAAUUGCAGGUCCUAUCACCUAUUCUCCAGACAUUCUUCCUAUGGUGGGACCACAUCAGGGUGUCAGAAAUUACUGGGUAGCUGUUGGUUUCGGGUAUGGCAUUAUACAUGCUGGUGGCAUAGGAAAGUACCUCAGUGACUGGAUCCUUGAAGGAGAACCUCCAUUUGACCUGAUAGAGUUAGAUCCCAACCGGUAUGGAAAGUGGACCACCACAGAAUACACAGCAGCCAAAGCAAGAGAAUCUUACGGUUUUAACAACAUUGUUGGUUACCCUAAAGAAGAAAGAUUUGCUGGGAGACCAACAGAGAGAACCAGUGGGCUGUAUGAUUUGCUGAAAUCAAAAUGUUCAAUGGGCUUUCAUGCAGGAUGGGAGCAACCUCAUUGGUUCUACAAACCUGGAGAUGAGACUGGAUACAAACCCAGUUUUCGGCGCACAAAUUGGUUUGACCCUGUGGGUCGUGAGUAUAAACAGGUUAUGGAAAAAGUCGGUGUGAUUGACCUGUCACCAUUUGGCAAGUUUAAAGUAAAAGGCACAGAUUCUGUUAAGCUGCUGGAUCAUCUAUUUGCAAAUGUUGUUCCAAAGGUGGGUUCCACAAAUAUAAGCCAUAUGUUAACACCGAGAGGAAAAGUUUAUGCUGAGCUAACAGUCUCUCAAUUGUAUCCUGGAGAAUUUAUGCUUGUAACUGGCUCGGGGUCAGAACUCCAUGAUCUGAGAUGGAUAGAAGAGGGAGUAACAAAAGGUGGAUAUAAAGUUGAAAUAGAAAACAUGACAGAUGAGAUGGGAGUACUUGGUGUAGCAGGUCCAUAUGCCCGACAGAUCCUGCAGAAGUUGACAAGUGAGGAUCUGAGUGACGGUUCAUUUAAGUUUCUCCAGUCUAGACAUUUGAAAAUUUCUGAUAUUGCUGUUACUGCCAUUAGGAUAUCGUACACAGGUGAAUUGGGCUGGGAGCUCUAUCACAGAAAAGAAGAUUCUGUAGCUCUUUACAGUGCAAUCAUGGAAGCUGGCCAAAAAGAAGGAAUUGACAACUUUGGAACAUACGCUCUGAAUGCUUUAAGGCUGGAAAAGGGUUUCCGAGCCUGGGGCGCAGAGAUGAACUGCGACACUAAUCCUUUGGAAGCCGGACUGGAAUACUUUGUAAAGCUAAACAAGCCAGCAGACUUUACAGGAAAGCAAGCACUGAAGCAGAUUAAAGAAAAGGGGCUCAAACGACGACUGGUAUAUCUCACUGUGCAAACAGAUAAUGUCGAUCCAGAGGGAAAUGAAAGUGUGUGGCAUAAUGGCAAGGUUAUUGGCAACACCACGUCUGGAAGUUUCAGUUACAGUGCUCAGCAGAGUCUGGCUUUUGCGUAUGUUCCCACAGAACUCAGCAAAGUUGGACAGAAAUUGGAAGUUGAACUUUUAGGAAAGAAUUAUCCAGCAACCGUUAUACAAGAGCCUCUGGUGCUGACUGAACCAAUGAGAAUGCGCCUUCAGAGGAAGGGUGAAAGUCCCAAACUAUAA